AGACCCCAAACUGACGCACAAAACAAAGGCAAAGCUAAUCCAUUCAUCCAGUCAAACACGCCCAUACGGAUAAACCACAAAAAUUUCCAAACCGUCAUAUCCGAUCCAACCACGUUUCUACCCUCCGAUCUCCACCAAUCGGGUCCCACAACAAACAAGAAAAACCCGACCCCGAUAUUCUUGGCGCACCCAAAAACCACUGACAAGAAAAAAAAAAAGGGAAAACAAAGCCACGGAGGAAACUUCUUUCUGUUUUUUUGGGCUUUUUUCUGGAAUCUUCUCGAAGGCAAUGGCUGAGACCACCAGCACCGAGAGAUCCAUUGGCACAGUCAAAUGGUUCAGUGCUCAAAAGGGUUUCGGUUUCAUAGCUCCCAACGACGGCGGUGACGACCUUUUCGUCCACCAAACCUCUAUUCUUUCCCAAGGCUUUCGCACCCUCUCCGAUAACCAACCCGUCGAAUUUUCCGUCGAUUUCGGCGAAGACGGCCGCGCUAAGGCCGUUGAUGUAACUCCUAUACCCCGAUCUCGCCGCCCUUCCCGUGGUGGUCGUGGUGGUGGAAGAGGAGGAUAUUUUGGUGGACGAGGUAGAGAUGGUGGUCCUCCUGGUGCUGGUGGUGGUUACAGGAGAGGGGGUUAUGGUGGUGCUGGGGGUGGCAGAGGAGGAGGUGGCGGCGCGUGUUAUAAUUGUGGGAGAAUGGGGCAUUUGGCGAGGGAUUGUUAUCAAGGUGGUGGGAAUACGAGAUACAGUGGCGGCCGUAGAGAUGAUGGUGGAAGUAGAAGAUACGGCGGCGGUGGCGGAGGAGUUGGAGGAGGAGAAGGAGCAGGGGGACGAUGUUUUAAUUGUGGAGAAGAAGGUCAUUUUGCAAGGGAUUGCCCUAAUCCUAAUAAAUGAUUGAGAAAACAAAAUCGAAGGUUUCUAUCGCUAUAUUAUUUUGGGAGUAUUGGUAUUUCUUUUAUGGUGUUUUUGCAGUUGGAUUUAUCAGCAAAAGAAGAAGAAAUCGGAAAGUUCUUUAUUUUUCCGAUUAGAUUUUUCUGUUCCCACUUAUUUUCUGAGUGAUUUCAUAUGACGUGGUAUUUUCUCUUAUUCUUAUCGAUUCUUCUUUUUUAAAUCAUUCAUUCGUUCUCUUUACAUUUGUGUUAUGAAUGGGAAAAAUUUUGUCUUCUUGAAGUAUGUUUCUUUUGUUGAUUACUCUAUUGUUUUUACUGUUUUUUUUGGUUCGAUGCUUGAAAAGAGAUACAGAUGAACAUGUCUUCGGAUAUCAGGUAUUAAUGUGAGGGUCCUGUCUUCUUAAAGAAAUGGUGAAUGAUUUUGGAAUAUGUGGAUGAAAUGUGUUGCCAUUUUGUAUUUUUUAAUCGUGAAACUUAAACAAUAUUGUGGACCCUGUUUUUCUGGUUAUUUUGGAAAAUGGUAUCUUGAAAGGUACGUUGAGAGCAAAAUAUAAGUUUAAGACUUUAUAGAGAUUCGCAGGUCUUUACUUGCUUUUCUGUUUCCUUUCGGAGAGGAUGAGGACGAAAUCAUUUAUGUCCAGUGGGCCUUGUAAUCCUUAUCCUGCUUCAGUGCUUUAUAACAUUUGAGAGGUUGGUGUUGGAUUGGUUAAGAUUACAUAUACAGUCACUUCUUGGCAAGAUUCAAUAUAUGGUCUUCAUCUCAAGGUUCUUUUUAUGUUUAAUUUUAUUUCUUUUUAUGGUCCGCUAAACAUAUUUUUUCUCUGUUGAUUAAUCCUCCUAUUCAUUGGACAUAAGAAAAAGAUACAAUGGUUACAUCUAAUACAGUAACUGUUAUGUACCAUGAGAUAGCAUAAUAGUUCUGAACCUUUUUGCCUUAUGUUUGUCUGUGGAUUGUUUGAGGCAUACACUAUCUUGGGGUUGAUUUUCGUAUUAUUGUGGCAUUCAUAAUGGUGAACAUAUCAUUUAUUGAUUAAUUGUAAUUGAAACAGAUACCGCACCUUUGGUGUGGAAUGCUAUUAAACCCUUUGAAUUUGACCAGACAACUUCACAUGCUUGUACAAGUACAGUUUCUCAGAAUCAUCAUAGUGUAACUACCAGUGAAUGUGUCAAAGGGAUCAACCUUUUAUUGAUGGUCAAUCCGGCAAUUGAGGAAUUUGGAUUUGCUGAUCAUGUAAACAAACCAUUUAAAGAAGUAAAGUAAGAAGCACUAA